AGAACUUUCAUAGAACGACACAACUAGCUUUGACCUUCAUUUUUCUUCCAUCUCUUCUUUCUCGGCCUCAUCGCUCGAACUGUAAUUUGUAAAGCCCGUUGGUUUUGUCACUUUCUUUCAGUUUUAUCCGUCUGGUUGAUAGGCGAUUAACACAAUGAUUCCUCACAGAAAAGCCUAGUUUUAUUGUUAAGAUUGAUGAACCUGGUAGACAUGCUAGGAGGUAAACAGCUCACGUCUGAGGGAAGUGCAGUUCGAGAAACUCCACAACGCGCGUCGAUUCCAUCACCUUGUGUUUGGUGAAUGGACCGGGAUCUUUAUUGAGAGUAAUGGAUAGCGAGAAACAGAAGUCCAGAACUAGGAGUUUACUAAAGUGGUUCAAGAGGAAGCACAAGAGAGCCGACCCAUAUAAUUUGAGUGAAUUUUCAGACGGGGGUGAAGAUGAAGAUGAUGAUUACUCUGGCGAUAUUUUUGUUAGGUCUUUUGAGAUGGAACCAUGCAGCAUAUUAACCAAUGAGUUAAGGAUUUUUGUGGGUACCUGGAAUGUUGCUGGAAGAUCGCCGGUAGGGAGCUUGGCUGUAGAUUUGGAUGAGUGGUUAAAUCCCGAGGAUGCUGCCGACAUGUAUGUUCUUGGAUUCCAAGAGAUUGUCCCCUUAAACACGCUGACGGUGAUUGGCUCGGAAGACCCAACCGAAGCAACCAAAUGGAACUUGCUCAUUGGGAAAACUCUUAAUGACAAGUAUGGGUGCCCUUGGUUAACGCCCAUGUUGAAUCCAAUCUCAAGUGACAACUACUUCUAUGUGGGAAUCCCUGGCUCUGAAAAAAGGAGGCACAGCGUUAGCACACUGCCGGAGACACCAACGAGAUCAGGGUCAGUAAUCCAGCAUGAUAGGCCAUUUGGGCGCAGUAAGUACAAGUUAAUGGCAAGCAAGAAGAUGGUCGGGGUCUUCAUAAGCGUCUGGAUGAGGAGGGAAUUGCUCAGGAGGUAUUGCAUUUCAAACGUGAAAGUAAGUUCAGUACCCUGUGGAAUCAUGGGUUAUUUGGGAAACAAAGGCUCGGUUUCCGUUAGCAUGUCAAUUGAAGGAACUAGCUUUUGCUUCAUUGCUGCCCAUCUAGCUUCUGGUGAGAAGAAGGGCGACGAAGGGCGUAGGAAUCACCAAGUCUCUGAAAUUUUUAGGCGAACUACCUUCCCUAGACUCCCCGAAGAUGAUGAUAAUCCGCAUCCUUACACCAUCUUAGGACAUGAUCGGAUAUUCUGGUUGGGGGACCUCAACUAUAGAUUAUGCCUGGAGGACAACUUAGCCAGGAAGCUGAUAAACAGACAAGACUGGAGAGCAUUACAAGAGUUUGAUCAACUAAGGAGGGAGCAAGAGGAUGGUGGAGUAUUCCAAGGUUGGAGAGAGGGCAACAUAGAAUUUGCUCCUACGUACAAGUACUCUACAUCAAAUUGCAAUCGAUACUCAGGUGGGCUUCCAAACAGAUCAGGAGAAAAGCAAAGAACUCCGGCAUGGUGUGACAGGAUUCUAUGGUAUGGAAAGGGAGUAAAGCAACUGACCUACUUUCGGAGUGAGAGUAAGUUCUCAGAUCAUCGCCCUGUAUCUGCCCUUUUCUCGACACAGAUUGAAGUUGUCAAGUCCACCAAUCCAAGAGUUGCUCCUCUUCCCACCAUAACUCCUUUCGACCAAACAGGACCCAGCAAUGGCGAUGAAGAGGUCAAACCUACAUUGCUAUCAUUAAUUGUAAAGGAUAUGGAAGCAUCAACAAAGCAAACGCUAAGAUUAUAGAUCAAAUAUAUAUAUAAUUAUUGCAAGCUGGCUUAUGUAGCUACAGGCCAGGUUUGUAGAGAAGUGCUAUUUUGUUGUUGCCUUCUUUCUUUUGUCAUUUUUUUCUUCUAUUCCUAAUAUUUUUUUGAUUGGAAUUCUAUUCCUAAUAUUUGCCAUACAAGUUAGGCCUCAUGGCAAAAGUAGAGCUGAUAAUUAAAUAAAUAAUA